AUGGGGCGCCUACAAGCCCCAGUGUCAAGAAAGUGGGCCGCUGAAGGCAUCUCGGUCGAGUACGGGCGGGAAUUAUAUGUGAGUGGGACCCGCACCCCGGCUUCUCCAGCAUCUCUCCAGCACCUCCACAUACCGAGACGAGAUGCAUUUGCCACUUGGGCAAUACAUACCUCGGCCAAAGCUGUCGGUAUAAUGAUUGCGGCCGAGCUCGGUCAAGAGGACGACGAGAUAGAUUCACCAACAGAUGUGAGCCUUGUCAAGACUGCGUCACUUUCCUGUUCUGGUGUGUCUGCACACCAAGCUGAUAUCAGCUCUCUACAGAACCAGUCACGUCUCUUGCUUUCCAAGCCACCUAUCUCGCCGUCAAGCCACCCAAAGUAG